AUGCCGGUGGUUGGUGUCGCCUCCAAGCUCAGGCCACCCUCCUCAGUGGGCACCAAACCGGUGCACACGGCUCUCCCCAUCCCCAGUGCGGUGAGGGCGGCCACCUCGCAGGGCUACAUGGCCCGGCAGCAGGAGCUCAGGGCAGGUGAGGGCGCCCCAGGGCUCUCCUGCCAGCUGUCAGUCAAGUCCGAGUACCGGCAGGAGAGGACGCCUGAUGGGAGGUCCAGAGCCGAGACGGAGGAGAGCAAGAUCUGCAAGAUUUACACAGACUGGGCCAAUCACUACCUGGCCAAGUCUGGCUGUCCACGUCUCAUCAAGGACCUGAGCCAGGACAUCCCCGAUGGAGUCCUGCUGGCACAGAUCAUCCAGAUCAUAGCGAAUGAGAAGGUGGAGGAUAUCAAUGGCAGCCCCAGGAGCCAGUCACAAAUGAUUGAAAAUGUGGACGCCUGCCUCAGUUUCCUGGAUGCCAGAGGAGUGAAUGUACAAGGGCUCUCAGCAGAAGAGAUCAGGAAUGGCAACCUAAAGAGCAUCCUGGGCCUCUUCUUCAUCCUGUCACGCUACAAGCAGCAGCAGCAGCAGCAGCAGCAGUACUACCAGUCCCUGGUGGAGCUCAGCCAGCAGAGCAGCAGCACCGCCCAGUCCGCCAGCACCCACAAGACACAAGAGAUGCAGUCCAGUCUCACAGCACGAUAUGCAAGUCCUCCGGGCCACAGUGGACUAGGGUCACCACAAAAGAAGAACACAAGGUUACCAGGACCCUCCAGGGCACCUGCUGCGGGCAGCGGGGCCUCCAGGAGCCCUGGCUCAUCCAACCUCAACCGGCGGAGCCAGAGUUUCAACAGCAUUGACAAGAGCAAGCCUCUUCAAUAUGCCAGUGGCAACGACAGAGAAGCUGUGAGGGGAAUCCAAGUGCCCAGCGGGAUGAACGGGAGCGGUGAUGGCGGGACGGUUCCCACCAGCCUCAGUGGGCAGCAGCUGGCCUCUGCCAUCCCAUCACCCACCGCUGGCAAGACCUGGCGCAGCAAAUCCAUGAACCUCAAGCACAGCGCCACUUCGUCCAUGCUGGCAAGCCCCACACACUCACCCUCCACCACCCCUUCACCUCAGGCCACAGAGGGACUUUCAUUACAUGGAAGCGAUGGAUCAAAAGUUGGGUCCACUGUCAGCGGUGGACCACAGAGGUCCAUGCUCGAGAAGUUCCGCCUGAUAAACCCUAGAUCGCGAGCAUCACCUUGUAUGGCAGAGAUGGCUCUGCAGGAGGAGGAUGACCUGUCGGAGUAUGGUGAGGAUGGACUGACGCCCCCGGGGUCAGUGUGCAGCAGCGGCAGUAGCAGUGCUACGGCCAAGCAAAUGCCCACCAAGACCCCUGCACCGUCCCUCACUGCAUCUAGUAAGACUUCCUCUUCUUCCUCCUCCUCCUCAUAUUCAAAAGCUUCUGCCAAUGGCAGUAGAUCGGUGGCCUCGUCCAAAGACAAGGAGGACAAAAGCAAGUCCGGGAAAUCUUCCAAGGAUAGCUCUCCACUCAAAGAUGACCGUGAGUCAUUUGCGGACUCCAGCAAGAAGUCCUCCAAAAUUGCCAGCCUCAUCCCCAAGGGAGGCAAGCCAUCAUCAGGGAAGAAAGAAGGUGGCGCUUCUAGUGGCAUCCCGAAGGCAGGACUUAAAGUUCCCUCAUCCACAACGGCAAAGCCUCAGGGUCAGUCCCAGACCCAAAGUCAGGCCGCGUUAAACAGCAGCGGCAACAUGCGGGGGGGAGACGGAGAGCGCGGCAGGCUGACUAAAGGAGGGCAGGGUGGGAGUUUCUACAUACAGCGUUCCAGCGUUGGGGGCCCAGAAGGAAAACGGACCAGCAUGACCUCCUCCACCAGCACCUCAGCCCUGUCUGGGUCCAGUGGGAUUCUGGCAGGCGGAGGAGGGGGUGGAGGAGCGCUGGGAGGGAACGGAGUAGUUCAGCUUCCUCAGCAGCAGCAGCACAACCAUCCCAACACUGCCACAGUGGCUCCGUUCAUGUACAGGACCUUCUCAGAAAAUGACUGUACCAUGAUGGCCCCGGCCGACCCCUGCCUCAGCCCCACCAAGGGAGAGCUGGUCUACAGCAAGACAGCCAAACAGUGCCUGGAGGAGAUAUCAGGAGAGGACCCCGAGGCAAGACGCAUGAGGACGGUGAAGAACAUUGCAGACCUGCGGCAGAACCUGGAAGAAACCAUGUCCAGUCUACGGGGGACACAGAUUACCCACAGCACACUAGAAACAACCUUCGACACCACGGUAACCACUGAGGUCAAUGGGCGAAGUCUCCCAGCCCUCACCACCCGCUCCUCCCCCAUGGCCUGGCGACUGGGGCAAACCCAGACCCCUCGUCUCCAGGCAGGCGAGGCCCCCUCAAUGCCCAGCAGCUAUGCUGCGCCCAGGGCCAGCUCGACAGGGGCUGGCACCACCACAGGGCGCUACAGUGGGCACUCGGACGCCACCAGGUUUGUGUACAGUGCCCCCCUGAGGCGAGCAGCAGCGGCAGGGUCGAGGGGGGCUGAGCAGGGGGAGAAGGGAGAAGGAGGGCUGGAGAGAGGGAAGCAGAUGGAGGUGGCAGGGUACAUGAGUGAUGGGGACAUCCUAGGGAAGAACGGCCGGAUGGAUGAGAUCACCAGCGGAUACCUCACAGACGGCGGCCUCCAUCUGUAUUCGAGAAGCACGGGCCGGGGCUCAGACGUGGCUUCUUCGCGAGAAACAUCCCAGGGAGGAAGCAAAGAGAUGCAGGGAGACAUAGACAGUUGGGACGACAGCAGCUCGGUGAGCAGUGGCCUGAGCGACACGUUGGACAACAUCAGUACAGACGAUCUGAACACCCCCGCCUACUCUGUGGUCAGCUCGUCACGCAAAAGCAAAGGAGCGCAGUCCCAGAGAGGAAGCAAGUCAAAACAUGCAGAGCAGGAGGUGAGCAGCAGCUGGGCCGGAGCCGAGGACCUCAAGAAGGUAGAAGAGGAGUUGGAACAAAGCAUGGACCCCGGCAGCGGCUCCUCCCGAUGGAAGCCUUCCUCGUCCUCCUCUUCCUCCCAAGCCCAGGGCCAAUAUGAGGACGCCAGUCAGAAGGCCACCGCACUGGCCCAGAUGUCCCAGACGGGCUCGUGGAGGAGGGGCAUGACAGCCCAGGUGGGCAUCACACCACCCAGGACCAAGGGUACGACUGCUACCCAUAAAACACCAGGCAAAACUGAUGAUGCUAAGGCCUCAGAAAAGGGCAAAGCACCUUCUAAGAGUUCAGCUGGCAUCCAGCGCUCACCCUCUGAUGCCGGGAAGAGCAGUGGAGAUGAAGGCAAGAAACCCCCCUCUGGCAUUGCACGCCCACCCACCACAGGCUCAUUUGGAUACAAGAAGAUCCCAGGUCCCAGUGGUACCCUAAUCACCUCUAGUGGGGCAACACUCACCAGCGGCUCAGCCACCCUGGGCAAGGCGCCCAAAUCCUCAGCUGCCCUAGGCAAAGGCACAAGCAUCGGCGGUGUACGGAAGACCAGCCUGGAUGGCUCACAGCCCCAGGAUGAUGGUGUCCUGCUGAGCUGCGGAAACUCCAAAAUGACCCUCCAGUACCGCUCCCUACCCAGACCGGCCAAAUCCUCCAGUGGGGCGUCAGCAGGGCGCAGCGGGCAUCGCUCCAGCUCCAGCAGCAUCGACUCAAAUGUCAGUGGCAAAUCUGCUGGUGGGGCAGUCACACAAACUGGGGCAAAACGCAGGGAUGGAAAGGUGGCCUCGGAUCGCACCAGUCCCGUCACAAUAAACCAGACAGACAAGGAGAAAGUGGCUGUGUCAGACCAGGACCCAGCAACGGGAUUAUCCACAUCCCCCAAGUCCAGCCCUACCUCCACUUCAUCGGGCCAGACCGGCCUCAGGCAGCCAGGCUCCAAGUAUCCUGAUAUUGCUUCUCCUACCUUCCGCAGAUUGUUUGGCACCAAAGCCAGCAGCAAGGCCAGCACGCCUGGCACACCCGACUCUGGGAAGUGCCCCUCAUUACUGGGCAGCCCCCACGGCACAUUGGCAAGGCAGGCCAGUCUGGAUUCACCCUCCUCUGGCACGGGGAGCCUGGGCAGCGCUUGUGGCCUGAGUGGUGGUAGCAGCCCACUGUACGGUAAAACCCCAGACUUGUGCACUGACUCCCCGGCAUCCAGUCCGGCCUCUGGCCUCUCCCUGCCCUCCAACGCUCGGCCCUGGCCGGCCUGUAGCUCGUCAGCUGGCAGCAAGGACACACUGAGCUGCCAAAGUAUGACCAGUCUGCACACCAGCUCUGAGUCUAUUGAUCUGCCGCUGGGCCACCACGGGCCAAAGAUUACACGAACCGGCAGUGUCAAGUCCACCCUGUCUGAGGGCAUGCCUCUUGACAGAAACACGCUUCCCAAAAAGGGACUGAGGUACCCUCCGUCCUCCCGGCAGGCGUCCCACGAGGAAGGGAAGGAGUGGUUGAGGUCCCAUUCAACAGGGGGGCUUCAGGACACAGGCAGUCAAUCCCCACUGUCUCCUCCAGGAGCCUCCUGCACCACCACUGGGAAAUACCACUACUCCAACCUGCUGAGUCCCACCAACAUUAGCCAGUAUAACCUGCCACCAAUCAGCAAUUGCAUGAGCCGAUCCAACAGCAUCCCUGCCCAUGACUCCUUUGACCUGUAUGAAGAGGGUCACCCACUGGGGAGCAGCGCCACCUCCUUGGAGGACCGUCCACGUGGCAUCAGCCGCUCUGGCUCCUUCAGGGACAGCACUGAUGAAGUCCAUGGCUCCUCAUUGUCUCUGGUCUCCAGCACAUCUUCACUGUACUCAGCGACUGAGGAGAAAGCACACUCAGAGGGCCAAACAGUCCAAAAUUCCACGCAAAUCAGAAAGCUGCGCCGGGAGCUGGACGCCUCUCAGGAGAAGGUUGCGACCCUGACAUCUCAGCUUACCACCAACGCUCACCUGGUGGCAGCCUUCGAAAAGAGCCUGAGUAACAUGACUGGCCGCCUGCAGAGUCUCACCAUGACCGCUGAACAAAAGGAGACUGAGUUGGUUGAGCUGCGGGAGACGAUAGACUCGCUGAAGACCCAGAACACAGACGCUCAGACGGCCAUUCAGGUGGCUCUCAAUGGCCCUGAUCACCUCCACAAAGACCUGCGGAUCAGACGGCAGCACUCGUCUGAAAGCAUGUCUAGUAUCAACAGCGCAGCCAGUCACUCCAGCAUGGGCAGCUUGGGCAAGGACGCCGAAGACAAGAAGAAGAAGAAGAAGAGCUGGGUGGCUGAUUCCAUCCCAGCUCAGUUACGCAGUUCCUUCAAGCAGGCGUUCAGCAAGAAAAAAACCAAAUCUCAGUCGCCCCAUGACGAGAUGGAGGAGAUGAUUGACUCGCUGCCGUCCUCGCCCAAACUGCAGCAUGACAACAGGCAGGGCAGCAUCCUCACGCUGCACUCCUCGCCCUCCACCACAGAGUUGUGCGAAUGCACUGAGGCUGAGGCUGAAGUCAUCCUCCAGCUGAAGAAUGAGCUGAGAGAGAAGGAGUUAAAGUUGACAGACAUUCGACUGGAGGCGCUCAGCUCCGCCCACCACCUGGACCAAAUCCGAGAGGCCAUGAACCGCAUGCAGAAUGAGAUUGAGAUGCUGAAAGCAGAAAAUGAUCGUCUCAAGUCCAGCGGUAACGCCACGCCGACGGCCACGCCUGUCAAAACCGCCCGGCCGCCCUCCGAGACCUCCAGCACCUCCUCGUCCUCCUCGCGUCAGUCCCUGGGGCUGUCGCUCAAUAACCUCAACAUCACCGACACCAUCAUGUCAGAUAUUCUACUGGAUGACGGCUACGAGGGCAAUCUACGCAAGGAAGGCCGGAGCGUUCGGAUCGUGGUCACCGUCAGCAGCGGGCGAAGAACCACUAAGGCUACAAAAAACCAGCAGUACCUGAUUGGGUCGAUAGGAGUGAGCGGAAAAACCAAGUGGGAUGUGCUGGACGGAGUCAUCCGACGCCUCUUCAAGGAGUACGUGUUUCGGGUGGACCCUCUGACCAGUCUGGGUCUCAACUCAGACAGCAUCGUCUGCUACAGGAUGGGUGAUGUGGUUCGCGCCCACGCCUCUGAAGUGCCUGAGCUGCUGCCUUGCGGCUACCUGGUGGGCGACAACAACAUUAUCAAGGUCAACCUCAAAGGAGUGAGGGAGAACAGUAUAGACAGUCUGGUGUUUGACACGCUCAUCCCAAAACCCAUCAUCCAGCGGUACCUCAACCUGUUGAUGGAGCACCGGCGCAUCAUCCUCUCAGGACCUAGCGGCACUGGCAAAUCCUUCCUGGCUGCCAAGCUGGCCGAGUACAUCAUCUCCCAGAUGGGGCAGGAGGUGACGGAGCACAAUGUGGCCAGCUUCAACGUGGACCAGAACUCAAGCAAGGAUCUGCGUCAGUACCUGUCCAACCUGGCUGAGCAGUGCAACUCUGAGGAGACGGAUACCGAGCUCCCCACUGUGGUCAUCCUGGACAACCUCCACCAUAUUGGCUCCCUGAGUGACAUAUUCAACGGUUUCCUCAACUGCAAGUACCACAAAUGCCCGUAUGUAAUUGGGACCAUGAACCAGGGAGUUUCCUCCUCUCCGAACCUCGAGCUGCACCACAACUUCAGGUGGGUGCUGUGCACCAACCACACCGAGCCCAUCAAAGGUUUCUUGGGACGUUUCCUGCGCCGAAAGCUGAUAGAGACAGAGAUCACUAAAAACAUGCGCAGCAAUGACCUGAUUAAGAUCAUCGACUGGAUCCCCAAGACCUGGCAGCAUCUCAACGGCUUCCUAGAGGCACACAGCUCCUCCGAUGUCACCAUAGGCCCCCGUCUCUUCCUGUCCUGUCCCAUGGAUGUGGAAGGCUCUCGGGUUUGGUUCACUGACCUGUGGAACUACUCUCUGGUACCCUACCUGCUGGAAGCCGUCAGGGAAGGGCUUCAGCUUUACGGCAAAAGAGCUGCAUGGGAGGAUCCGUCCAAGUGGGUGAACGACACGUAUCCAUGGAAUCGCGCUGCGCUGCAGCAGGAGGGCCAGUCGCUGCUCCAGUUGAGGCCAGAGGAUGUAGGAUACGAAGGCUACAGUUCAUCCAAGGAGGGAGCCUCAUCUAAGCAAGUGUCUCAGAGUGACACUGAGGGAGACCCACUGAUGAAUAUGCUGCUACGGCUGCAGGAGGCAGCUAACUACUCCAGCACACAGAGCUGCGACAGCGACAGCACCAGUCACCAUGACGACCAGCUGGACUCCUCACUGGAGUCGGCACUAUGAGAGCGAGAGCUGCGCUGGGACACACCGCACCCUUGGACCCCACCAGCCUGGGAACAUUUGAACCCCCAACACUGUCCGACACGACCCGAGUAGUGCACAGAUCUAUGGCAUAUGAAAAGUUUUAUCAUCCAAAAUGUUAUAUCCAUAAUUUCACGGUAAACCCCUAUUUUCUACAUACGGAUGGUGCAAUAUUAAAUCAAAGUAUUAUAUGGAAAACAAUCAUUCAGGUUGGAUCGUUUCAGUUUUGCUGACAUCAAACGGUGAAGUUAGCGAGUAAUCAUUAAUGGAUGUAUCACAUUUGAAAUAUACAACUUUUCAAAUAUCUGUAGACGGGGCUUUUCUCUGAAAUUGUAUUCCAAAGAGUAAAACGUUUGAGCUCGGCCGUGACGAGCCACAGGUUACUCUCCACUACUUCAACUUUGGGCAUCAAAGUGUCAGAGAGAAGGGGAGAAUAGGUCGACAUGACAAAACUGGAUUUUUGUUUCUUUAAAACCCAGAUAUAUCUUCAGAUGUUUGUAAGGGUGGGGACAGGUUCUGUUUCUUAUCUCAUUCCUUGUGUAAGGAGGUGCUUCACACACACACACACACAUACAUAAAUGCACUUACAAACAGGCAGCAGGGGCAGACUUUCCUUUAAUCAGAGGCUUUAAUCAGUCCAAGCCUUCAUUUGACCAAUACUCCAGGCUGUCAAAGUGUCCUUGAGCAAGGCAUUGUACCUCUAACACCUCUGAGGUACCUGAUGUCCAACAGGAGGGAGGCAAGGGAGGAGGAAGACACAGUUUUUUGGGCGGUUAUACAGUGCCCUCUGGUGGCUAUCUUAGAGGCUCUGAGCUCUUACAAGUUGAGUUAAUCGCAGCAUUAACUCAAUUGAUAUAUUCUCCAAAACCAGCAGUUUGUUGUGGUUUGCUGAACUGGCUUCACACAAGUUUCUGAUUUAGAAUCAGGUUGGGCUAAAGAAACUUUUUUGUCUCGUUGCUGUUAUAUCACCUUUUUGUGUCUUUGCUUUUUCUAAACAUAAAUUGUGCCCAGGCAAUUCUGUAUCUCCAUGAUGGCAACGCCUCUACAGCCCGACUAGAUUCAAUAGAAAACUAACAUUAUCAUAACAUACUGGCAAACACACACACACACACACUCACAACCAUGCAUCUCUCCAGCUCAGUGGACAGUUGAGCCACAUGCCAACAAGCACAAGCAACACGCAUUGUUUGUGUCAUCCAGCCACAUCGCUACUGUGAAGAAAAAAUGGACAAGUGCCAAUGUCUCUCUUUGAUUUACUGCCAAAUGCACACUCACAUCAAAAACACACACACACACACACUUCCCAUCACAAUGCAGAGCCGCCCGUGGUUGUAGACUUGGAUUAAGUUGUUUCAGCUUUCCUCACAUCUGAAGCAUGUUGUCACGGCGCCUUCUUCUCAAACACACAACUGUAUCACUUGAUCACUCGCUAAGCUCCUCCCCCCAAUCAAUGAUUGUCCAAUCACGUCUGUCAAGCUUUGGAUGUCUCCAUCUUGUAGCAGAGACACAGAGCAAUGAAACGGUUUUAGGGUGGCAUCAUUAUUGAGCUUUUCCAAAACCAGAAACACAAGAGAAAAGGUGUGCUAGCGUUAUCUGCACACAUUAGCAUGUCUCGCUAACUAGCUUAACUAUGUGAAUAAUAUGAGCCACUGUGCUUAUAAGCUUUACAAUACUUAAAUCUGUUUCUGCAAGUGGACUUUCCUGGAACGCAUGACACAGCAUGAUAUAAUGGAUGCAGAUGCCAAAUGCACAUUCAAGACCAAUCUUAGGCCUACAUGAUCCCAUGAAAACGGGAGCCACACAGUGUUUUUAACCAAGUCAUGAAAGUAGCGUUAACUUAGCUAAUUAGCUAAACCUUAAUAUUCAAUCAUUAUCAUUGUAAACUGUGGAGAUGGAGAGCUUGACAGACGUAACCGUAUCUAAAGGGGGUGGAGCUUAGCAGAUGGUCCGAGCAAAUAGGUUAUUUCCUGUGACAACGAAACAAGUAGAGUUGGCUGCGACAGAGACAUUUUGAAAGUAAUAGGAAAACAGCAGACUGAUUAUUUUUUACUCCGGCCUAUAUUGGUUAAAUUGCGGUAACAUAUUUAGUUCAGUCAACAAAAUAUCAGUAAUAAUUAAAUGAUUGGAGCUGACAAUGUUGUGCUUGGAACUAUCUGGAACCCGAUUGAGAGUCUUGUGCAGCGAAUCUAGAAAUCAGAGAAAUCUAAAUUAUUUCAGCUCAAGAGCUGAAUGAGGGAACAAUGAUAUCGGUGCUUUCUCACUGCCUUAAAUGUGCAAACGUUGGGGAGGCAGCUCCUCCUCCCAUUGGCUGUAGUGAGAAAAAGGUGAAUGAUGAUGAUGAUCCGCUUUCUGCUCCGUCAAAGAUGCUGCUUGUAAACCUUUGGUUUGUGGUCACUCCCUCUUCCUCCAAACCCCCCUUUCUUGUUUCUGACAGCUGAAGUAUAAAAGAGUUGAAGCUGUAUUUGAAUUCAAAACUGACCAAUAUUGUAAAAACAUUUUAAAAAGGGGGAGGGGUUGUUUUUUUGUUGUUGUUUUGCGCCCAGUUGAGCUGGGCUCACUUGAACAGACAGGAGCACAACCAAAUUGUUUUGGGGUUUUCUAGCCUGAUGAGCAUGUUUUGAAGCUUUUUAAAGGGGAUGCAUUGAGAAGAGACCUUUACCUUUAUGUAUGCGUGUAUUGGACGGAAGCCAUUUUGAAUUUCGAUUGUCCUCUCUGUUUGAACGAGUGGGUUGGUUUUGCACACUUUGAGGUCGGGGUGGGUUGUAAAUAUUUAAGUCUUGCACAGUGAAUCAAAGAUGCAUUCUGCCCUGUUGAUGUUACAAUAUGCUUAACCCGCUGAGUAAAUUAUUGUACUUACAAAAAAAAGAAAAGAGAAAUGCAAAAAACUCAACACGCUGUCAGAAACAGGUGUGUGUCUUGUGGUGAUUGGAUGUUUUGCCGAAUGCAGGCGGCAUACGGUGUACAGUAAGAAAGUGUUUGUGGACUCACUGGCAUCACAGACUGAGAACAGAAAAAAAGAGGCACUUUUCCCCUCAUCCUGCCAAAAUAUUCUCCGGCUCCUCUCUGUCUUUACGAAUGCCCGUUGUUUCUUAGAAGCACUUCCUCCGUGGACGCUCUAACCCGAGCUUGCCGCCCCCGUUGGGCUCGUGGGGCUGUGCGAGGCACUGAAGCUGACCCGACACCGUACUGUAUAACGCUUACCGACAACCAACAGGUGCUACUAGUCAGUCAAAGCCCAUCAGAGACCAACAAGUCCCAUUGUCACGACCUCAGGACAAUCCUAACUUACACAAUCCUACCUGUGUUCAGCUUCACGUGUCUCCGCAGCCGAGCCCCGGGGGGCUCGCACGUGCAUCCGGCCAACUUCACCGACCUCGUGUCCUCGAAGGGUGUGCGGUUGCAUGCGAAUGGAGCAGUUGCCAUGGUAGCAGGUUGCUCCUUAACUUGACUUACACCCCUGUAGUAAACCUGAGCUUGGCUAUCCCACAUUUAACCCUCUGGGCUACUCUACACUUCAGAUGUAGGCCAGUAGAUCCCGAGCUUUCGGAGCUUGGUCACCGGUAACAGUGUAAACUACAGUGCCGAUGAUCGACUGGUCAUUUUCCUCCACUUACACUCUGCAGUUACAUCUCAGUUGAAAACCAUAGCAUUUACUAUGGUUUGAGAGAAAGUUUUCUUCUUUUUUGGGUGAAACAUUUGUCCGUAAAUGUUUUAUAUUUUGUACAUUUGUAUGUAACAUAUCAUGUAAAUAGACAGAGACAGUGAUUUAACUCAUCUGGAGGAUUUUGUAGUCUUUGUAAAGCCCUAAUAAAUGGUAUUUGGUGUCACACGAGCAAAUGA